AUGAAGAAUGGGAAAGUACUCACAAUCAGACCGUCCAUGUUCUUCUCACCCCAAAACCAUACGACGCUUGUCCCACCAAAUCCAGUUUUCCCGCUAAGCUAUGUCGCUUCCCCAAUUGCCACCACCCUAGCCUCUUCUCUACAGCACUACAUCAAUUCAGAAAACCCUUCCCAUGGCCAAAAGAUUCAUACCCAUAUUCUCAAAACUGGAUUCAGACCCAAUAUCAAUGUUUCCAUUAAACUGCUUAUACUGCACCUGAAAUGCGGUUCAAUGAAAUAUGCGCGCCAAGUGUUUGAUGAAUCGCCUGCACAAACUCUGUCUGCUUAUAAUUAUUUGAUUGGUGGAUACCUCAAACGCGGGAAAGUUGAAGAAUCGCUUAACUUGGUUCGCAGACUUGUUUUAUCUGGUGAAAAGCCUGAUGGGUAUACGUUUUCUAUGGUCUUGAAAGCCUCUACUUGCGCUGGCAAUGCAGCAUUUCCAUGGAGUUUAGGAGUGGUGCAUGCCCAGAUAAUAAAAUCAGAUGUUGAGCCUGAUGAUGUUCUUUAUACUGUGCUUGUUGACUCUUACAUUAAGAAUGGGAAGGUCGGCUAUGCGAGGACUGUGUUUGAUACGAUGUUGGAAAAGAAUGUUGUAUGUUCAACAUCGAUGAUUUCCGGGUAUAUGAAUCAAGGCUCUGUGGAAGAUGCUGAAGAUAUAUUCAGGAGAACGGUUGAAAAAGAUGUUGUGGUAUUUAACGCAAUGAUUGAAGGUUACAGCAAAUCAACUGAAUAUGCUUGGAGAUCACUUGAAGUUUACGUUGACAUGCAACGGUUGAAUUUCCGACCUAAUAUGUCCACGUUUGCUAGUGUUAUUGGAGCUUGCUCGGUGUUGGCAGCAUUUGAAGUUGGCCAGCAAGUCCAAAGUCAACUUAUGAAGACCGAAUUAUUUUGGGAUAUAAAGAUGGGAAGUGCUCUUAUAGACAUGUAUUCAAAAUGUGGAAGAAUUGAGGAUGCACAGAGAAUUUUUGACCACAUGCCUCAAAAAAAUGUAUUUUCGUGGACUUCAAUGAUCGAUGGCUAUGGGAAGAAUGGAUAUCCUGAUGAAGCACUUGAGCUCUUUAGUAUAAUGCAAAGAGAACACCAAAUUGAACCCAAUUUUGUCACAUUCCUCAGUGCUCUAUCAGCUUGUGGACAUGCUGGUCUGGUUGACAAAGGCCAAGAGAUAUUUGAAAGCAUGAAUAGGGACUACUCACUAAAACCAAGAAUGGAGCAUUAUGCUUGCAUGGUUGAUCUAUUGGGGCGCGCAGGAAGUUUGCAUCAAGCAUGGGAGCUGGCAAUGGGGAUGCCUGAGAAGCCCAACUCCGAUGUUUGGGCUGCUCUUCUUAGUUCAAGUACUCUACAUGGUGAUGUUGAGAUGGCAAGUAUAGCUGCCAAGGAACUUUUUAAGUUAAAUCCGGAUGGUCGGCCAGGUGCAUAUGUUGCAUUCUCUAAUACUUUGGCAGCCGCUGGGAAAUGGGACAAUGUUAGUGAGCUUAGAGAGAAAAUGAAGGUAAGAGGAAUAUCUAAAGACAUCGCCUGCAGUUGGGUUGGCACUGAUAGUGGUUGAUGAUCAGCCCUUUCCCCUGUUUUUGUAGCUCCAAUCCAAAUGCUAAAAUUGAAUUGGUUCACUGAAAACAAAAUAAAAGGUUGACAGUUGAGGACUUUAAAGCCAAUAUAUGCCAACUGGUAGAGCACGAGAUGUUGAAGCUGCAGGGAGCCUCAAGGAAAGUCUAUUAGUUUCUAAGCCUAGUGAACAAAUAAAGGGAGCUGCUGCAUACUGCAAACUCAGCCAGUGGUUAAUGCAAUUCAGGCAAUCGGACUGACUCAGCUUUUUGGGGAGAACGGAAAGCUGCUUAAUUUGGCAAACCAUAACUGAGCUCAGACUCAGAGGUAAUUAAAGCUGUUCUAAUCUUUUACAAGGAGAUAUUUGUUCUGGUGCAGAAAGAAUCGGAUUAUAGUGUACUGUUGAGUAUACCAGUCAAUAGUUGAAGCU